UCGUCAUGUCAUUCACUCCGUAACGUGAACGGAACGCGGUUAGUGGAAACAUGUCUGCCGUUUGUGUUAUUUGACGUAAAUAUUGACGAAAAUCAAGUUUCUGUUUUCAUUUGCGUAGUGAUUAUCGGUGCUAUUUCAUUAUUAUAAUGUGUGUGGAUGUGCAGUGAUCCGUUCAUAUGAGGCUGCUAUAUAAAACAGGUCCAAUGGAGUCACUAAGAAAGUGGUUCUAUAAACCGAAGAGGGACGACCGGUCGCUUCUAGCGCAGUUCUUCUUCGCCGAUGACGCACUCAACAUGGUCGCGGCAGAAUUGGACUCGUUUGACGGCCGAAAAGACCCGGAGAGGUGCUCCACACUCGUCAAUCAGCUGAGACAUGCACAGGACCGCGUGCUGAACAUCACAAGUCAGAUAAUGGACCAACUGCUGGGCGACGAGCGAGUGGCGCGCGGCUUCAGGGUCAAGUUUCCCGAGGAUGUGUUGCAAGACAACUUGGCUGGGCAGCUCUGGUUUGGUGCUGAGUGCCUAGCCGCCGGCUCCUCGAUAAUGAAUCGCGAGGAAGAAUCAGCGGCGAUGCGACCGCUGGCCAAGGCCCUCACUCGGAGUUUGGAGACUGUUCGCUCGUUGCUCCGGGAACAGUGUCUCAGACCGAGAGGCAUGGCUUUGUCGCAGCAUGAUGAUAUGCUGCAUGAGAGCUUGAGGAUAUUUGACAGAUUGUUUGCGGAGUUCGAGCUAUGCUACGUCAGCGCCAUGGUGAAUGUGAAGACGCCGCACGAGUUCGAAGCGCAGCAGUUGAUCUGCGUCCUGUUCUCCGAGAGCUUACGGCGAGCGCUCAAACAGAAUUUGCUCAUACAGGAACAGGUGGACUCAUACGACCCCGCGUUGAUGUUCGCUGUUCCCCGACUGGCCAUAGUCAGCGGGCUGCUCAUAUACUCCAGCGGACCUCUCAGCAUAGAUAAGCCACCAGAGGAGAUGUCGGACAUGUUCCGUCCGUUCCGCACCCUGCUGCACAAGAUCCGCUCGCUGCUGUGGACCCUGGACCGCCGCGAGCUGCUGGCCCUCGAGCGACUGCUCUGCACCAACGAGGAUAUCUCCAACCUGGCGGCUUUGGACUUGCCUGCCGAUCCGGAAACAUCAAACGACUGGUCGUGUCCGUACCCAGAUCUCGGAGAGUUCGUGUCUCGGUUCUACGCAGACCACGCCAACUGCCGAGACCUGUACUCGCAGCCCAGCUCAAGUGAACCGAUAGCCGACGGCGACUACCUUCCCGACAACAUAGAAGUGAUGACUCCAAUCAUAGACGGACUACGUCGGCUCAGUGAGGGCACGGCCGACACUACGGGACAUGAAUCGGAACACGACAGUCACACCCGACUGUACUCCGACACAACUAGCACUGACACAUUCCACACUAACGACAGCAAGGACUACAUCGAUAGGACUAGGAAGACCAGCAAAACGGAGCCCAGUGAGCUCUCGUCGCUAAGAAAUCUCUCCACCAGCGGGCUCAUGAUGUUCGAUCCCCUGGUCAUACACGCCGCCCCUGAAACCCGGCCUGUACCAGACCACGACCUCGUCACCUCUCUAAACGACCAGGUCACUGAAAUCGCUGACAGACUCUCUUCCAUCGCCGCCAGCGACGUCGACAUACUCGACCACAACCAAAUGCACUCCUUCUCCACAAACGACGUCCCUACACUUAUAUCGACUGACGAUUCCGAAGCGUACGGCUUCUCCGGACCCAGAAACGAACAAUUAAGCUGUUUGCCUUCAACGAGUCACGGGUAUCUCAUACCCAACGCCAUCAGUCACGAGCCCGCCGUACUAUCUUCCCUCUCUCACAACAACUCAGCCGUCUUCAACCAGGAAGACGAAUCCGGCGCCGAUAUCAACGGAGCCAUGCUGAACUCUGAUCUCCCGCUCAUUAUCCCUGACAAUAUUGACGCGGACAUAGUAAAUACUAAUAUAUCGAUAGCUAACGCUAAUUUAAGUUCGCUCCUACUAACAAAUGAAGAGUAUCAUAAUUUAGUUGAUAACGACGCUGCGGACGGUGAUAACACGAGUUUCCAUUCGGCUAAGAUGACGCUAGACAGAGAGGACGAGAGAGUUAAGUUUAUGCUAGGAUACGAGAGCGAACACGAGUCGCCGGUCGACUCGGGCGUCAGUACUGAGAACACUAGUUUAGAUAGGUCGCCCGAUUCCGACCAGAGUAAGGAAAUCAAAGACAAUCACUUCAUGCAACAAAACAGGGUACUAAAGAGUCCGGACGCGGAGGCAGACGACGACAAACACACCAAAAACACGUUAGAAAGUUCCUUUUCCGAUGUAAAUAGCGACGUUACUGUAAAUAUUAAUUACGUUGAAGACGACAGCAGUAAGAACGAGGCGGGCUCGUCGUCCACUAUAAUGAAUAAGGUUAUAAAUAGGUUAAGUUCGGACGAGGAAGGGUUGAACGAGGCGACCAAUGUAAAUAGCGAGGCGAGGCGAGUGUUGCAAGACUGGGGAGCGAAUGCUACUGAAGAAGAGUACAGGACUAUCGACGAAGUGAUCACUGAACUGAGGAGACACAGAGAGUCCGAUAAGAAGAUUAGUUCGCUAGUUGACGAAGACAAUAAUGUUAGUUCUAACGCGGACGUGGGACCGUCCCAGUCCCGACCGAAGAAGAGUAGAAAGUCCAGUAGUAAGAGUAAAAAGAAGAAGAGUAAGAUCUGGUCGCCCGGUAUGGUGAUAUUAGAUAACCGGUCGACACAGAACCAGAAUAGUCCUUUAAGGUUGAAUUUGGAUCAUUUUGUUGAUGAAAGUGGCACAUCAUGCGGUGCGUCGGAAUGCGCAGACGACGAACAAAUAGCGCUCGCGUUGCAGGCGCAGGAACUAGCGGCCAGGCAACAUGCACGGGGGAAGUUCAAAUCAAGCGAAGACCUAAUCCACCGCCUGUUCGUAUGUAUCGCCGGUGUAGCGGACCAAUUGCAAACGAACUUCGCGGCGGAUUUGCGCAAUAUAUUGAAGUCUGUGUUCUUAAUGAACCAGUCGCCCGAUCCGCCCGAACCGGUCGAGGAGAAAACUCCUGCUAUUGAGUAUGAAGCUACUGAGGAUCAGGUUAUACAGAAUGGCAGCUCAUUCGACAGCGUGUACUCCGCGGAGGAAGUGUACGCGGACAGUACGUCGGACUCCACGUCGGAGGGGGGCGCACGGCCCGUGCCCCCCGCGCCCGCCGCGCCCCCCGCCAGGCGCAAGUCGCUCGAUAAUACUGGGAAUCUACAGGCUUCGGUGUCUACUGGAGAUCUUACAUACAGUUCGAGCGCGCCCCCCGAGCGUCUCCCGGAGUGGGUGCCGGACAUCGCGGCCCCCGCCUGCAUGCGCUGCGCCGCGCACUUCACCGCCUUCCGCCGCAGGCACCACUGCAGGAACUGCGGAAAAGUAUUCUGCGCAUCAUGCAGUUCGAAUUCAAUUCCCCUGCCGCGCUACGGGCAGUUGAAGCCAGUACGAGUCUGUGACGAGUGCUUCAAAACCAUCGCGAGCCAUUGUCGUCGGCCGCAGACCUCUCAGUACCGGUGAAACUUCAUCAUAUUACUUACCCUAUACGAUGUUACUUAUUUAUAUGUAUACAGCUGACUUGACAGGCGAAUUUAGACCUUAUUACGUGAGGUAAAAUGUCUAUACUUUCUUGUGUACUGCUGACUCAGUGUCUGUGACAAGCGAAUAUAACCUUUAUGGCUUGAGGUAUUACCAUUCAAAAUUGUAUGUUUGCCUUGCAUAAACAAGUGAAAGUAGACGUUAAUGAUGGUCGUUUGUACGCUUUCGGAUGCUCGGAUAUUCUGUUUUAAGUACUUAAUGUAAUAAAAUAUUCUUUCAUAUCUUAUUUACAGUGAAUGAACAUGGUGCCUAGUAUAACAUACUGUUGUUAUACAAAUCAAUUGACUAAACACCUAAAAUACAUUCGAGCAAGGUACAUUUUUGUAACGAUCACUUAAUUACCUUGUAUCUGUAUUUGUGUCAACAAAUAUUGGACAAAACUUCUAUUCGUUCCUCCUUUAUCAAUCUUCUUGAGUUUCGAAAGCAUCCGAAUGAAGAAAAACGAUCUCAAGUCUUAUCAUACCAUGAUACACUUCAUAAGUAAUUUCGUAUAGGGUUAGUGUAACAAAAACAAUAUUUUUGACCAUUCUGUACAAUAAUCGGUUUUAUAAUAAUAGUACCUAUAGACUAUGACUCACGGUUUAAAAUGGGAGAGCAAGACAGAAAUGAAACAAGAACGGUAAAACAGGUUUUUUAUAUGGAUAUGUGUGUAAAUAGAGAAGGUUCUUGUGGUCUAGUGCGAGUUUGUUUUACGUUAACGUGAUCAACUUAUGAAUUAUGACGUUCAGCUCUCUGAUUGGCCUGCUCCAAAGUAGCCAACCAAUCAGAGCACCAAUUAUGAUGGAUAUUCGGAGCUCUGAUUGGCCAGCUCCGUUUAACGAACCAAUCAGAUCGCCCAACGCACUUAUGACGUUCGACGCUCUGAUUGGCCAACUCCAUUUAACCAACCAAUCAGAUAGCUAAACGCAGUAACGUGUUGAUCGCGUUAACGUAAAACCAACGAGCAAUAGGCACUCUGUCUCGCUCAUUCCGUCAAAACAGUGAGUUUAAUAAAGCUCUCAUAUUACUGUUAAAAUGUUAACAUGAUUUUUUUUCGUAAAACAUGGAAAUCACAAUAUUAUAAGUUGAAUCUUUUACUCAAUGUUUUUAACAGUAGUAUGGGAGUAAGAAAAUACUAUUUUUUAAUAAAGUUGUUUUCACAUUUUAUUCAACCUGGAGUAUUUAGUGUUCUUACUUUCAAUAUCAGACCUUAUCACGUGAUAUUAAAGAUGAGAUUUCAAUCAUCAUUUGACUUGUUUUACGACGUUUUUCCAAGAUAUACUAAGUUAGACUCCAGUAUAGUGAAAAGUAACUUUUAUCUUAUUUUUCUUUUAAACUUUUUUCAAACAAAAAGUCUUGUUGUGUUCGAGAUAUAUUUAAAAUGAAUAUUACCCCUUAUAUUCGAUUUUUCGUCCAAUCAUAGUGUAUUUUUACUAUCGUAAUGUUAUUCCAAAAUACACUUUGUAGGUAUUUGUUUAAGGUGUAUAUUUGUAUUGGAGAUUUAUAAUUUCAUCAAUCAAGUAUAGCCCUUAAAUAAAGCCAAAAUUGUUGAUAACGGUGUUGAAUAAAUAAAUAAAAAUAUGUAUAGGUUUGUUUCAUAUUGACUGAUAUAAAAUUUUCGCGUAAGGAAUUUCCAUAUUUGGUUAGGUAGCUCUCUAAAUACUAUUAUUGUUGCUACGUGUUUUAUUGUAAUAAGGUUCUUAUUUGCAUACGCCAAUAAAGGCCAUUUUUAAAAAGACUAAGCCAGAAUAUCAUAUUUAAGCAUUGCAAAAUAGUCUUUAAAGCGUUUAGCUUUAGGCUCAUAAACGUGAAAUAAAGAAAAUAGGUCUUCCUUUUAACAAAAUAUUUAGAGUAAAUAAAGAUUAUUUUCAAGCGUCAUCAACGGAUUUUAUACUUCAUGCCUUUGUAAUAAAGUCCAAAAUUCCAUGAGGAAAUUGGAGAACGUUGUUCUGUUGGCUACAUAAAUAAAUAAAUAAAUCACAGUCUUCCCAAAUCUCGUGUUUUUAUAACAAAUACGUCAACAAAAUCCGCCUUAGUCCAUGAUAUUAUAUUUUAUUCAUAAAUACAUGGCAUUUUUUAACCACACGGCUUUAUUGGCGAAUGCAAAUAAAUUAUCGACGCCCCAAAAUAAAUAAUGGAAAUCGUUUUGUUUAUAGAAUAGUUAGGGACAUUUGAAAAGUAUAUUUUUAAGAAUACUAUUGUCUGAAUUUUUAGGUAAUUACUGUAUUAGGUAAGGCGUAGUGCGGUGACAUAGUUACAAAGUUAAUAUCGAUAUCGAUAACAUGUGUCCCAUCACUAUGCGUUACCUUUUUAAUGAUUAAUCUAUGACUUUAAAAUAAAAAAAUAAAACUUUAAAAAGAUUCCAUAAUUUUUAUAUCCAACACUUUAGAUUUUUAAGCAUUCUUUUAUUGUUAAGUAUAAACGUUGAAUGUUUGUAAAUUUUGUAAAGGUAAUGAGUGUACCCAUGUAACCAUAGAUUUUGUAUAUUAAAGAUGGUGAUUACGAUAGCUAUUUUCAAAAAAUGUUAUAAGUGAUAGGUAUAUGAUAUUUUAACGUGUAAAUAAAUUUCGUUAUUAGCUA